CACACACACACACAGACACUCUCACACACACUCUCACACACACUCCCAUCCAUCUAUCCAUCCCCGCACACACAGGCCUGGUGCAGGGAGUGAUCAGGCAGACGAAGAGCAGCUCUCAGUCAUUGUCUGCCGAGCUUCUCUGCUCAGACUGGAUCUGAUUCUUGACGGGGAGCGGCCAUCCAUCGCCCGGAGCAGGAAGAAGAGGCCAACACAGCUCUGAUUCAAUUUUUACACUCGAAUCACCAGGUCGCACAGAAACAAACCCACCAACGCUUAACCACCCAGAGAGGGGAAAGAAGGGGUGGCUAUGGCCGACAUCGGCGAGGAUCAAGAUGACCUAAAUGAAGUGAUGCGUGAGGAAAUGGAGGAUGUCAUCAUCUAUGAUGGAGUGUCAUCCCGCGUCCCAGAGAUCAUGGCGGCCGGAACGCACUCCCCUGGGGGACCCAAUGGGAUCAUCCGGAGCCAAUCCUUCGCCGGCUUCAGCACACUGCAGGAGAGACGCUCGCGGUGUAACUCAUUCAUGGGGAACUCCGCAGUGCAGAAGAAACCCACGUCCAAGCCCAAGAAGCCCCAUCUGUCAGGGCACAAGGCCAGCAGCGGCUCCAGGGAGCCCCAGCCCGAGAGGGUGGAGGAGGUGUAUGGGGCCCUUAAACAAGGCUUGGAUGAGUAUCUGGAGGUGCACCAGACAGGGCUGGACAAACUCACCUCUCUGAUGAAGGACAUGAAGAGGAAUUCCAGACUGGGAGUCCUGUAUGACCUUGACAAGCAAAUCAAAACCAUCGAGAGGUACAUGAGGCGGUUGGAGUUUCACAUGAGCAAGGUGGAUGAGCUGUAUGAGGCAUUCUGUAUCCAGCGCAGGCUGAGGGAGGGAGCCAGUAAGAUGAAGCAGGCCUUCUCUGCAUCUCCCUCCACCAAGGCCACCAGAGAGAGCAUGUCAGAGGUCAACCGCAGAUACAAGGAGUACACAGAGAAUAUGAGCACGUUAGAGGGGGAGCUGGAGAACAUGCUGGGGGAGUUCCAUAUAAAAAUGAAAGGUCUUGCUGGUUUUGCUCGUCUCUGUCCAGGAGACCAGUAUGAGAUCUUCAUGCGGUAUGGGCGUCAGCGCUGGAAGCUGAAGGGGAAGAUAGAGGUGAACUCCAGACAGAGUUGGGAUGGAGAGGAGAUGGUCUUCACGCCCCUCAUCACAGACCUCAUCAACAUCAAGGUGACUGAGCUGAAGGGCCUGGCCACUCACAUCCUGGUGGGCAGUGUGAUCUGUGAGACCAAGGAUCUGUUCACGGCCAUGCCUCAGGUGGUGGCUGUAGACGUUAAUGACCUGGGAACCAUCAAACUCAACCUGGAGGUCACAUGGUUUCCAUUCGAUGUGGAAGACCUGAACCUCUCUUCAGGGAACGUGAGCAAGGCCAGCGCCCUGCAGAGACGGGUGUCUGUCUACAGCCAGGGCACGCCAGAGACACCCACCUUCCAGGACCAGUCCUUCUUUUCCACCCUCCCUGAUGACGUCUUUGAGAACGGUGGGUGUGGUAACACCGAGUGCAAGCGCCUCUCCUUCACCUUCUCAGAUACUUCAGUCUCCUCCCCCAGCCUCGCCCCCGGCCAGUCCAACCCCGAAAUCACCGUCACGCCCCCUGAGACCUGUCCCCAGCCCCAAAUCCCCAACGUUGAAGUCACCGUUCGAAUACAUGCAGACGUAGUGGAAGAGGCAGAGGAAGGUGAGGAGGAAGAGGAGAGUCGCGGUAGCAGCGGCAGCGUGAGUACCAGCCUGGUCAGCGAGGAGGCGGAGUCAGAGUGGGAGAGGGCGGAGUCCCAGUGUAACCGAGGAUCCGUCUCUCUCUCGGAGAGGCAGCUGUCUGCGGUCGCUCCCGGGGAUGUGUGUCCGGACCUCGCUGGGCCGGACAGGGAUGGUGAUGAAGAUGACAGCUCGGAGCUACUGAAGCCCGUAGAACUUGACACUGAAGAACCAGGCAGCUUGACCAGGCAACUGGUGAGGAGACUGACAUCGUCUGACAUUCUGCCCGAGGCGGGGGUUCUGAGCUGGGCUGGGGAGGGGAGCCGGGCCUUCCUGGAGAGCAACCUGGAAGAAACCCUGCAGAGUCUGCUACUGAGGCUAGAGUCACUGGGACAACGCUGUAGAGAGCUACAGGACCUGGAACAGGAAGUGAUGCGCCUGGAGGACCUACUCAAAUGCCGUCUCCCGGGCCACAGGAGCAGGUCGUCCAGCCUCACUCUGAUGGUUGAGAGCGCCCUGGAGAGCUUCGACUUCCUCAACACCUCCGACUUUGACGACGAUGACACGGGUGAUGACCACGCCCUCCAGCGCUCCGUGUUCUUUGACAUGGAGGCGGACAGUAUCAGACCUGGUGGCCCGCACCCAGAGGUCAGGGGUCACCUGAGUGAAGCCCUGACGGAGGACACCGGGGUGGGAAACAGUGUGGCCGGCAGCCCCCUGCCUCUCACUACCGGCAACGAGAACCUGGACGUGGCCAUCGUCAUUCACCUGCAGUACUGCGACCAUCUCAUCCAGCUCCUGUCCAGUGGGGGGAGCCCUUGGCAGCGUCGAGCCCAGCUCCAGAAGCUCUCAGCUCAGACUCAGCUGCUAGAGGAACUGGGAGAGAUCAGCACAGAACGCCUGGGGAGCAUCACCAGUGCUGCUGACGUGCUCCCAGGGCUGUCGGAGCGGCCUGCUCGGAUGGCUCUGUGGUCGGAGUGUAGUGGUUCUGGUGCACUGUUCCACGCUACACUGGACCGGGUGCUCAAACACAUGCACCACUGCUACACUCGCCCACUGCAGGAGAGACACCCACAAACCGCAGCUGACACAGUGAUCCGGCUGGUGGUGAGUGAGAUGGUGGACAGGAGUGAUCUGGCCUCCUUCCCUACCUGCCACCCCCCUUCGGCCCGGUCCCAGGAAGUGGUCCCCCCGUCGUCCCUGUCCCAGGACAUGGUCACAGUGUUUCAGUUCCACAGCUACGUCUCAGAGCACAGCGUGGAGGACAUGGAGGAACACCUAUUGCAGGUGGCCAGAGAAGCUGUGUUUGCGGAGGGCCUGAGUGGUGGCGACUCGGAGCGUUGUCUAAAGGAACUGGAUGAGGUCUCACACACCAGCCUGUGUCCCCGGCAGCAGACCCUCAGGGCGCUGGCUUCCCUCCUCUCCCACCAAGACCCACAGCUCAGCGAGGCUGCAGCUGUCUACAUCACCUCUGCUUCCUCACACACACCCUUCAGGUCAAAGGCGGUGGAUUGCUACACACAGGCCUUGUGGGAGGCUGGAGUUCAAACCCAAAGGUCUGCCUGUGCUGCUCUUAGCUGUCUACAGGCAGUAGAGAGCCUCCGGGCGGUGGUGUCACUGUGCGACUCGGCAGACGAGGAGCUUCGCCAUGUUGCCAUAGAAACCCUGCUCACUUUCGGUGAAGAGGGCCGCCUGGCGUAUGAGCAGCUGGACACGAUGCCCCGAGAGAUGGUACGACUGGGGACGCGGCGAGGGAACGCCGUCACCACCGCCUUCUGAAAGCACGGGACUAACUAAAUGAACCUAGGAGCCUCACAUCCACAGGAGGGGGACGACCCCCUAGAACAACCCCCCCCCCCCCGCGCCUGUGCUUUGAGCCAUGCAGACCGGACAUGCGUUUGAAUGGACACAGCUAGGGGGAGUGGCCGCAUUAACGCAGAGGAGCCCAACUAAACAUGGCAGGGCCACGUCUCAUCCUUAUCAACAGACUGGUGUAAAUCCUAACUGUCCAUUCUCUGACCACCACUAUUAAACCAUCUCUCACUGCACAGACAGAGCAUCUCUGCCAUCACAACUUAUUGUGAUGAACAUGAUGAUUAUCCCGGCUGUCUUUGAUAUAUGAUAUCCUUAUAUAACUGCUAUUCAUUUGUUUUAGGAGGUGACGUUCAUUAGACAAAAGGUUAUUUGCGCUUUUCGAAUUGCACUGUGUCAGACAUGUAAAUAUAAUAGCAUUAUACUCUGAACUGGAUUUAUUUGGUCUCAUGUACUGUUGAGAUUCAGGGAUUUUACAGAUGGUUUGAACACUUUUUGUCAGAGGGUGCCAUGGAAGAUCAUUUAGGGGACUAAUGACAACCAAAUCGCUCGGAAGGAGGUAGUUCAAAGCAACGCUCGCAAGUCCUCGUCAACGUGCAUAAAGAAGGAAGUCUUUCCCUAGAUAGUAGUUACCAGUAAGCAAUGUUCUCACUCCAACAUGCACAACAUGAAGAGAGAGUCAUACUUGGACUGCCUUUCAAACUAAGUUCUCUACUCACACAUGCCUGGGAUCUACAUUCAGAGAUUGAAUGUCUGCUUGCUGGGAACUGAUGAGAUUUGAUCAUGAUUUAUUUCAUUGGAAGCAGGUACUACUGGACUCGAGGAGUGAGUGUGAGUCAGGGAUAGUUAGUAUGAAAGGAGAAUGCACUUUCUCCAUAACUGUACAGUGCAGAACCAAGGGCCUGUCUUAGGGGAUGAUGCUUCGAAUCGGCAAGGACUGAGGCUAUAGCGCUCUGCCUAGCUUUUUAUGCCAGUUGUAUCUAUACUACUGAGUCCGGUGCUUCUUCAGCAUGACAACAAAGUGUUUUUCUCGACUUAAUUUAUUUACAUCACAUUUGUGAUUCUAAUAUUUAAUUUACUUUUGAGUAAGAGGGCAGAAUGCAGAUACUAUUUCACAUGUAAAAGUUGUAUAUUUGGUGUUUUUUUUGCCCAUGUUUGAUUUUUUAAAAGUUUCGUUAAAAAAGGACUCAUUAACAUGGGAAUGAUCUUGCUUACAUAAAAUGUCACUGGAAAUAUAUAUUUUUCCACUCUUUCAAAUGUAUUUGUACAUUAAGUAAGAUGGAUGGCUGGUAUUAUUUGGAGGAUUUAGGAAUAUAAUCAGAGACCGCCCCCCCUCUACUUUCUUACGCAAGGAAAGCCUGAAAAUGAACAUUUAUUCUGAAGAUAUCUUUAACCUGGCCACUACACCCAGGCUCACCUACAAAGAACAACCAUAAACAACCAUCAGAAUUAUGAUCCUAAUCCUGUGACAUGACAUCGGCUUCUAACCGCACUGUCCUAAAGCCAUAACGAUACGAAAAGGUGUGUUUUAGGCGGUAAUAUGAGAAAUAAUAUUUGUUCUUUUGUAUAUUAAAGCUUUAAAAUGUGUGAAAGUUGUUACUAAACCUGAAGAUGGCUUUGAGUUUGGCCUGGUGUAUGUUGAUUGUGGUCUUUAUUUUGAGUAACAAUGCCUCUUUCUCCCAUGACGUGAAUAGCAUUACAGUAUUUUGGUAUGAUACUCGUUACUUCAACAACUCCUCUAAUGAAUGUUUUUUUUUUUUCCACGAUGCAGCGGUCUCCAUCUUUCUUUGUGCUAAAAGUAACCUGUGAUGAAUUAAUGUUGCCUCUAUUCAACUCCCAAGUCAGACUGAACAUGUAGACAGAAUAAUGAAACGUUAUGACAUUGAUCAUAUUUCAUGUAAAUACACAGUAAGGACAUGUUACAUUGCUCCAGUACUGACUGCAUUCAUUUCCCCUGCUCAAUGAAAGUGGCAAUAAAGUUUAUUUUUGCAUAACUAUGA